UUCAGCUUGAACACAAAAAUAGAAACGCAGAUGCACUUCCUAUAAAAACCGAGUUUGCAACAGUCUGAUAAAAGGAACAGGAAGAAGCAAUACUAGCUAUGAGCUCUCAACCCUUGCUAGAAAGCUUCAAAUCUGGCCAUGAGGAUGUGGACUCUGAGCUAGAAGAAAUACUAUCAGAUACCCAAUCAUCGCCCUUUAAGCGGCUAAAAUCAGCAUCCUGCGUUGAACUUAGACUGCUAUUCAAACUUGCAGCUCCAGCAGUAGUAGUUUACUUGCUCAACAAUGUUGUUUCAAUGUCAACUCAAAUCUUUUGUGGUCAUCUUGGAAAUCUUGAGCUUGCUGCUGUUUCUCUUGGCAACACUGGUAUCCAAAUUUUUGCUUAUGGCCUAUUGCUUGGAAUGGGAAGUGCAGUCGAAACCCUUUGUGGCCAAGCAUAUGGAGCUCACAAAUACGAAAUGUUAGGCACAUAUCUUCAAAGAUCAACAGUUCUUCUCAUGGCAACAGGGAUCCCUCUAACAUUGAUCUAUGCCUUCUCCAAACCCAUCUUGAUCUUGCUAGGUGAACCAAUCGACAUAGCAUCCGCAGCUGCACUUUUUGUCUACGGGCUCAUCCCUCAAAUUUUUGCUUAUGCUGCUAACUUCCCUAUUCAAAAAUUUCUGCAAGCACAGAGCAUAAUCAGCCCUAGUGCAUACAUUUCACUAGCUGCACUUGCGGUGCACGUCUUGUUCACCUGGCUAGCGGUGUUCAAGUGGAACUGGGGCUUGUUUGGUGCAGCCCUGAUACUGAGUUUAUCUUGGUGGUUGAUUGUGUUGGCCCAGUUUGUGUACAUUGUAACAAGCAAGAGGUGUAGGAAAACAUGGGCAGGUUUUAGCCUGCAGGCAUUUUUUGGCCUUUGGGGUUUCUUUAAAUUGUCUGCUGCAUCAGCAGUAAUGUUGUGCUUGGAGGCUUGGUACUUUCAAAUUCUGGUUUUGAUUGCUGGGUUGCUGGAAAAUCCAGAGAUUCAAUUGGAUUCUCUCUCAGUUUGCAUGACAAUAUCAGGAUGGGUCUUCAUGAUUUCAGUUGGAUUCAAUGCUGCUGCGAGUGUAAGAGUAAGCAAUGAGCUAGGAGCAGGACAUCCAAAAUCAGCAGCAUUUUCUGUUAUAGUGGUGACCCUAUGCUCUUUCAUUAUAGCUGUAAUAGCAGCCAUUGUUGUGAUGGGAUUGCGCGACGUCCUCAGCUAUGCUUUCACUGAUGGUGAAGUUGUUUCUAAAGCAGUCUCCGAACUCAGCCCUUUCCUGGCUGUUACUCUAAUUCUUAAUGGAGUUCAGCCUGUCUUGUCUGGGGUGGCUGUGGGAUGUGGAUGGCAAGCAUUUGUGGCAUAUGUAAAUGUUGGAUGUUAUUACCUGAUUGGUGUUCCAUUAGGGGUGCUUCUUGGCUUUAAGUUCGACCUAGGUGCCAAGGGAAUAUGGUCAGGAAUGAUCGGGGGCACGUUUCUGCAGACUCUGAUUUUAAUAUGGGUAACUUACCGAACCGACUGGAACAAAGAGGUGGAGAAAGCAAGACAACGGUUGAAUUCAUGGGAAGACAAAAAGGAACCACUUUUGGAGAAUUAGGUUUUGUUGGGUUGGAUAAGAGAAGGUCCAAAGGGAUUUGCAUAGAAUACAUUGGACCAUUUUUUUCCUUUCAUUGCUCUUAUAAUUUUGGGCCAGCAAUAGGAAUACAGAUUUAAGGCAUCCAUCUAAUCAGAAAACUUUCAGAAAAGGAAAAAAAUAAAAAAUAAAAAUAAAAAUAAAUAGAAGCAAGCAUCUGUUAUUCAACUGUGGUUCAAACAAGUAAUACAGGAAAGACUUAUGUCCUUUGUACACUCUACUGCAAGAAUUUGGCAGUGCAUAUGAAAGCCAAACACAAGUUCCAAUAUAGAGAUUAUCGAAGGGAAGAAAUGAAUGGCUAUCGUCUUCUUGGCCAUUUCUGGUUAAAUAUUCAUUCAAUGCCAAACAUUUCAAUCGCUA